AGCAUUGACCAAACACAGAGCAACCGCCCAGAACUAAAAUCCUCCACAGUAAUUGGCUCCUGUAAGUCAUGUGAUCGCUCCCUCGGCCGGGCCUUCUGGGAAGUGUAGUCCAGGCGGUCCUCUAACCAUGACGUCUCCAGGCGACGCCAACUACGUUUCCCAGAGAUCGUAGCGACGCGCAAUGUCGUCACACAUCGCUGAGCCAACCGGGAGGCCCCGGUGUCACGUGACGUUGUGUUUGGUGGCAGCAGCAAGAGAAUUGGAGUUUCCGGUGCAGGGGUCCGGUGCUGAGUGAUGGAUGUAGGCGUUAAGGAUUUUGAGGAUAUUGCGGUUUAUUUUUCUGAAGAGGAAUGGCGCUACCUGGGAGAGGAGGAGAAGAGCCUUUACAAGGAAGUGAUGAUGGAGAAUUACAAGGCGGUGUCCUCCCUAGGUAGUGUUUACUUGAAGCCAGAAUUAAUAUCCAAGAUUGAACGAGGAAAAGAGCCGUGUGUGAAGGACCAGGAACUGUAUGAUGGGGAGAUUCCCAUAGCCUACUUCAUAAUAAAUUCCGACAUCCUAUCUCAACUCCCAGAAGUGUUGAAUGAUGAUGACGAAUCAGACUGCAUUUACGUGGAAAUCGAUUCUGAUUCAGAGAUAGAAGAUGAAGGGGAAUCUUAUACCGGCGAUCCUUCAGAAGAUGACAGCCUCUCAGAUUGUGUAUAUGUGGAGUCUGAGGAUGAGACAACUGCUCAACAAGAAAGAGAAACAACAGAGGCAGAUGAGGAGGAAGAGGAUGACGAUUACGAUGAGGAGGAUGAUGACAGCUCGUCUGACUGUGUCUAUGUGGAACCAGAAACACCUCUCACGACCGAGUGGCAAAAACAGAGAUCGGUGACAUAUAAAGAUGAGAAAAUCGGUGUGGGGGAUGAUAAACAGAUUAUACCACACAGUGAUCCACCUAAGGAUGUUCACCCUCAGCCCGAGGAGUCGAAGACGCUCAAUGGAAUUGGUCAUGGUAAGCAAGACCUGAUUAUUGAAGAUGAUGUCAGCCCAGACAACCCCACAACUAUCAAAAAUAAGAGUUCACCAAACAAUAACUUGUUAAAUGUAUGGUAUGUGAAAAGAGUAGAAAACGGCACCACGUCACACAAAGAAAUUAUUGUUCCGGGAUCUCCUAGCAUGGGGCGGCAUAAGGAAGAGGAUGGCACCGAAGAAGGAGCUGAACACAACCCAGUCACUGGCUUAGAGUUCUUGUGCCCCGUGUGUCCUGAGGUUUUUACAGAUGUCUCCAAGUUUUUUGAACAUCAGAAAAUUCAUGAGCCGAAAAUUCCGUUUUGCCAUGAAUGUGGUGCACGCUUCAGCGAUAGCAUUGCCUUAGAGCGACAUCUGUUGCGUCACAUAGAAGAGAAGAUCCAGGUGUGUCAGGAGUGCGGACAGUGUUUUAGCACCAAGUCAGCACUGGAUAUGCACAUGAAAACCCACAAAGGGGAUAAGCAGUGGCCGUGCCCCGACUGUGGUAAAUCCCUAUAUUCAAAGUCCGGACUUGAUAGACAUCUUUUAAUACACGUAAGAGACAAGCCUGUCCCCUGCCCUCAGUGUGGAAAAUUAUUCAUAAAACAGACAAACUUUGAGAUGCACAUGCGGCUGCAUGCCGGAGAAGAGUUUUAUCCCUGUACCAAGUGCGAAAAGUUGUUUGGCUCCAAGGCCGCCUGUGAAAGACAUAUAAGAGCGCACACAAUGGAGAGACCCCAUGGCUGCCCUGAAUGCGGAAAACGUUUCCUGUAUAAUGGCUGCCUGAUCAAACACAUGAGGGUGCACACGGGGGAAAGGCCUUAUGUCUGCCCCGAAUGUGGUCGACGUUUUGCUCAGAGUUCCAGCCUUAAUUGUCAUAGACGACUUCAUGAAGAUGAGAAACCUUACGUUUGCCAGGAAUGCAAAAAAUGUUUCGCCAAGAAAUUUAGUUACGAGCUGCAUCUAAAAAUUCACGCCAAGGAUAAAUUGUUGGCUGAAAUAGCCCAAAUAAAGGGUGACUAUACCUCCGAUCUAGGGUUGUCUUUCGCAAACUCUAAAAGUAAUGAUGUACCAGACAGUGGAAACCUUACGGUCAAUAAGCCUAUAGAUGACAGGUCACUCAACGAGAAGCCUGUUGUAGAAGUCUCCCAUGGAGACGGUCUAUUUCACGAGAGGUCUUUGAUAGAUACUUUGUUUGAUAGUAUGUCUACCAAAGACAUCCUCCUUACCGAGAGGCCACCUAUAGAUAGUCAUCUCAAUAAGAGAUUUGAAGAUAUCCCUCUACAUAAGAAUCACGUUAAAGAUGUCACCAUCAGUGGAGUCCUGGGGCCAGACAGAGGUUCAUCACCUAUUAGGCCGCCUGUUGUAGAUGUCUCUUUCAAUGGUAGACCCAUGGAAGGUCUGUCAUUUACCAAGAAGCUGGUUACAUAUAUCCCACCGAAAAACUGGCCAGUUAAAGACCUCUCUUUCAGUGGGAAUCCUUAUAUAGAUGUUUCAUCUGAUGAACAGCUUGUUGGGGAUAAUUCCUUUAUACAGAUUCCUUCAAUCGAUGUUUAUUACGAUGGGACGGAUAUUGUAGACAUGCCCCAUAGCAAUGAUCCCGAUAGUGAUGUCUCAUUCACAGAGAAGUCCGGGAAAGAGGUUUUCUUUUGGAGGAAUCCUGUAAACUCUAAAGCCGAGGAGAAGCAGCAGCACAUCUGCCCAGAGUGUGGAAAAAGUUUUCCGUAUAAUGGAUGCCUGGUGAAACAUCUAAGGACUCACACAGGCGAGAAGCCGUAUGCCUGCACUGAAUGUGGAAAAUGUUUCUCUCAAACAUCGACCCUCAAUUGUCACAAAAGGAUUCACACAGGAGAGAGGCCGUACGUUUGUCCCCAAUGCGGAAAAGGAUUCACCAGUCAGUCUCACGUCGCACGCCAUCAAGCUAUUCACAACGUAAACCGAUCGUUUUUAUGUAAAGGAUGCGGGAAAGAGUUUUCGCAGAGGUCCUACCUUUUAAAGCAUCAGAAGAGGACGGCUUGUUCACAGAUGCUCUGAUGAACUGUACUUUUAUAUAAAUAUAUAUAUUAGCAAUGUAAAUGUGGUUGUUUUUAUACUUUUUUAAUGAAAACUAAAAAGUUA